AUCAUCGGGACGAAAUCUCAUCUUCAUCCUCCUCCUCAUCACAGCUGAAGAUGGCGGAUCCGGCCGAGUGCACCAUCAAAGUCAUGUGCCGUUUUCGGCCUUUAAACAGCUCGGAGGUGAUGAGAGGGGAUAAGUACAUCCCCAAAUUUCAAGGAGAUGAUAAUGUGGUCAUCGGGGGAAGACCGUAUGCGUUUGACCGCGUGUUUCAGUCUAACACUACUCAGGAGCAGGUUUACAACGCAUGUGCUCAGAAGAUUGUUAAAGAUGUGCUUGAGGGUUAUAACGGUACAAUAUUUGCUUAUGGACAAACCUCCUCUGGAAAAACACACACUAUGGAGGGCAACUUGCAUGAUCCGGACGGCAUGGGGAUCAUUCCACGUAUCGUCCAGGAUAUAUUUAACUACAUUUACUCCAUGGAUGAAAACCUGGAAUUCCAUAUCAAGGUCUCCUAUUUUGAGAUUUACCUGGACAAAAUCAGGGACCUGCUGGAUGUAUCUAAGACCAAUCUGUCUGUACAUGAAGACAAGAAUAGAGUUCCCUAUGUGAAGGGUUGUACAGAACGGUUUGUGUGUAGCCCUGAGGAAGUCAUGGACACCAUAGAUGAAGGCAAAUCCAACAGACAUGUGGCCGUCACAAAUAUGAACGAGCACAGCUCCAGGAGUCACAGUAUCUUCCUGAUAAACGUCAAGCAAGAGAACACACAGACAGAGCAGAAACUAAGCGGGAAACUCUACCUGGUGGAUUUAGCAGGAAGUGAGAAGGUCAGUAAAACUGGAGCAGAGGGCGCUGUGUUGGAUGAAGCCAAAAACAUUAAUAAAUCUCUUUCCGCCCUGGGCAACGUCAUCUCUGCUCUGGCUGAAGGAUCGACGUAUGUUCCGUACAGAGACAGUAAGAUGACAAGGAUCUUGCAGGAUUCUCUGGGUGGAAACUGCAGAACGACUAUAGUGAUCUGCUGCUCUCCCUCCUCAUACAACGAUGCCGAGACCAAAUCCACACUCAUGUUUGGACAGCGAGCGAAGACCAUUAAGAAUACAGUGUGUGUGAAUGUGGAGCUGACAGCAGAGCAGUGGAAGAAGAAAUAUGAGAAAGAGAAAGAGAAGAACAAGACACUGAAGAACACCAUCACCUGGCUGGAGAAUGAACUCAACCGCUGGAGGAAUGGCGAAAGUGUGCCCAUUGAGGAGCAGUAUGAUAAAGAGAAGGCGAAUGCAGAUGUUCUGGCUCUAGAUAAUGUGGUGAAUAAUGAUAAAUUUGCAUCGUCUCCCAGCAUGCCCGGCCUCAAACUCACUGACGCUGAGCGUGUGAAAUGUGAGGCUGAACUGGCAAAACUCUACAAACAGCUGGACGACAAGGAUGAUGAAAUUAAUCAGCAGUCUCAGCUGGCUGAGAAACUUAAGCAGCAGAUGUUGGAUCAGGAGGAGCUUCUGGCCUCAACGCGACGGGACCAUGACAACCUUCAGGCGGAGCUGACGCGUCUGCAGAUGGAGAACGAGGCAUCUAAAGAGGAGGUGAAGGAGGUGCUGCAGGCCCUGGAGGAGCUCGCUGUCAACUACGAUCAGAAGAGUCAGGAAGUGGAGGACAAGACCAAGGAGUUUGAGACCCUGAAUGAAGAGCUUAACCAGAAAUCUAGCAUUCUUGCAUCAAUUGAUUCUGAGCUGCAGAAACUAAAGGAAAUGACCAACCAUCAGAAGAAGAGAGUGACUGAGAUGAUGUCAUCACUGCUCAAAGACCUGGCAGAGAUUGGCAUCGCCGUGGGCAGCAAUGACAUCAAGCAGCAUGAGGGAGGAGGUCUCAUAGAUGAAGAGUUCACUGUGGCACGUCUUUACAUCAGUAAGAUGAAGUCGGAGGUAAAGACUCUGGUGAAGCGCAGUAAGCAUCUGGAGAGCACUCAGGCCGAGAGCAGUAAGAAAAUGGAUGAGAAUGAGAAAGAGCUUGCAGCCUGUCAGCUCCGUAUCUCUCAGUAUGAGGCAAAGAUCAAGUCUCUGACCGAGUAUCUACAGAACGUUGAGCAGAAGAAGAGACAGCUAGAGGAGAAUGUUGAUUCUCUCAAUGAGGAACUGGUCAAAAUCAGUGCCCAGGAGAAAGUUCAUGCAAUGGAGAAGGAGAAUGAGAUACAAUCUGCUACUGAAGUCAAGACUGCAGUUGAGCAACAGAUUCAGAACCACAGAGAAGCUCAUCAGAAACAACUGAGCAGCCUGAGAGAUGAGCUGGAGACCAAGGAGAAGCUCAUUACUGAGCUACAAGAUCUGAAUCAAAAGAUCAUGUUGGAGCAGGAGCGUUUGAAGGUGGAACAUGAGAAACUCAAAUCUACUGAUCAGGAGAAGAGCCGCAAACUGCAUGAGCUCACGGUGAUGCAGGACAGAAGAGAGCAGGCCAGACAGGAUCUCAAAGGCCUGGAGGAGACAGUGGCCAAAGAGCUACAGACUCUUCAUAACCUGAGGAAACUGUUUGUCCAGGAUCUGGCCACACGGGUCAAGAAGAGUUCUGAGAUGGACUCUGAUGACACUGGCGGGAGCGCAGCACAAAAACAGAAGAUCUCAUUCCUUGAGAACAACCUUGAGCAGCUCACUAAAGUGCACAAGCAGCUGGUGCGUGAUAAUGCUGACCUGCGCUGUGAGCUCCCCAAGCUAGAGAAGCGUCUGCGGGCAACAGCAGAGCGCGUGAAGGCUCUGGAGUCUGCACUAAAAGAGGCCAAAGAGAAUGCAGCCCGAGACCGCAAACGCUACCAGCAGGAGGUGGACCGCAUCAAAGAGGCCGUCAGGGCCAAGAACAUGGCCCGCAGAGGACACUCCGCACAGAUCGCCAAGCCAAUCAGACCAGGUCAGCCACCUGUCGCCUCUCCCACCCACCCCAGUGUCAACCGUUCAGGGGCGGGGCUCUUCCAGAACAACCAAUUACUGGGCAUCCGUGGUGGAGGCGGAGUCAAACAGUAAAAUAACUGUUGAAUGCUGAAUUUAACCCCUGUAGCCCCAGCUGAAGCUGAUAUCGUCCCAAAAAAUCUAAACAGGCAUUCCACAGCACGGGAAGUUUCAAUACUAUACAUAUGAAAAUGAAUAUAAGUAUAUAUAUGUGUAUGAACGAUGAAAUACUAUCCCCGUCUGGGCUGUACAGUUGUUCCUCCAUUCUUAUCUCUUAUAUCUUCCCUUUAAAAAUAUAAAGAAAACAAAAACAUAAAAACAGGCUUUUUGCACCAGUGGACACACGUGUAACUAGCGAGUAUCUCUCACUCUUGCACAGUAGGUUUUGCUCACAUAAUGCUCUCCACGUCCCCUCACUGUGCCAAGUUGAAUGUAUUUCACAUUUACAGAAGAAAAAAAAAAGGCAGAAAUGAAUGAAAAAUGGUUAAAAACAAAAAGAAGAAAAAAAUAUUAGCUGCAUUAUUUUAGCCUUAUUUAUGUAUGUUGCUGUUUUGUUUUUUGUGUGGAGAGUUAGCUUGUUCUCUCUGAGUAUUUUCUAUUGAACAUUUCACCUAUAUACACCGAUCAGCCACAACAUUAAAACCAUCCAUCUAAUAUUGUGUAGGUCCCCCUCAUGCCGCCAAAACAGCGCCAACCCGC